ACUUACCGAAAACACACAACCGAACUGUAACGCAUUACACGAUUCGGUGCAAUACUUUAUGAGAAAACAAAAAUGGCGGACAACAUGGAAGAUUUCACCAAAAUGAAAGUGGCUGAUUUAAAGAAGCUAUGCAAGGAGAGAGGGCUUGCAGCCUCAGGCAGCAAGGCAGAGCUUGUGGAGAGGCUACGAGCACCAGUCGCGACUGAAGCUGCUUCACUUGAUAGUGAAUUGGACUUUAUUGAUGAACACUUGUUGGAUUCAGAUUCAGUGCUAGAGGAAAGCAUAGAUCUUAAAGAGAAACCAAAACCAGAGAAGGUUGAAGUGAAGAAGAAACCAGAAACAAAAGCACCAGUUAGUCCCCCUGGAGAAUCGGAAACCAAACCAGUUGUGGCAAAGAUCUCAUCCAGCCUUACCCCCGCAGAGAAAAUAAAGCAGAGAGCAGAGAGGUUUGGCGUUGUCAAUGAAGACAUGAAGAAACAGCUCAGGGCAGAAAGAUUUGGAGCGAGUGAUGCAUCAGGAAAAGGCGCAUCAGGGGGAAAUGUUGACGUGCUGAAAAAGCGUGCAGAGAGAUUUGGUCAGGUGACCGCCUCCACGUUAUCAAAAACUGAGGAGGAAGAGCGGAUACGUAAGAGGAAAGAACGCUUCGGGGAAAUCACAUCUGCCACCAAUAAUGCCCCCAAGAUUGCCAAGAUCUCGUUCAAUGCUAGUGCUGGCGACAAGGAUAAACUAAAGAAGAGAGCUGAACGAUUUGGAAUGGCCUGAGAAGAUGAGGAAUGGCCAUCUUGUUCAUUGUAGCGUGAGGUUGUUGAGUAAUGUCUGAACAAAAUGUUGAAGUAUGUAAUGGUACAAAGUUGUAACAUGUCUUGGUGGGGCUUAAAAAAUGCGUCAGAACCAGUUGGUAUGGAAUUUUGUAUCCAGAUUUGUUAAUAGAUAAAGGUUGAAUUUUUACAAAGAAGAAAACUCAACCGUUUGAGAAUUUUCUCACCAGAAUUUUUAAAAUUAAAAUAAUUUUUGGAAAGACAUUUUUUUUGGUCUGCUAUGAAUUUUUUUAACCCGUUUGGGCAAUGACAUCAUGAUUUAAUACCUGAACAUCAGAAAUAUAUUUUUUGCAGUUAAACAGUGCUUGAUAUAUAUACGUAUUUAAGAAUAUAUGGCUUCAAUAAAACUUUAUAAAUUGCAUAUUUUUAAUACUUGUCAAUAUGCUUAAUUUCAACUUAUACAGAAAUCUGUCUAAGGGUUACUGUAAAUAAAAAAUAUUACUUAAGAUCAAACUCAAAUUGAAAGAAGUUAUCUCAAUUUGCUCUGUGAAUUUUCAAAGGUUUUCAAAACUAUAGGUAAAGCUUAUACAAAUGUGACCAAAACAUUGUAAUUUUUAAAUGUAAUUAAAAUAAAGUAGUUGGGUAAUACAGGCCUUAAUCUGAACUGUUUUUGUGAUCCUAGAUUAAGUUGUUUGUUUUGAAAAUUUAAGUGAAAAGAAAUAUCAGACGUUUAAUUCCUUUAAUAAAGGAGCUGUCAUUGUUGAGUGAUCAUACUUUCAUACAUUAGGUACUUGUUUAACCCAGGGAACAGGCUCAAAAAUAAUCAAUAAAACUCUGAAUUUAUCCUCUUGAGCUCAAAUAAAUAGGUUUAAACUAAAAUUGCUUGUUUAAUGUAGAAAAUAGACUUGUUGGCUUAUUGUAUACUUUUUUAUUUCAUUUUAAUAUGUUGGUGAUGACAUAUUUGAAAAUUUUGCCCAAUUACCAUUCAUUUUAUCGCAACUUUUUUACUGGAACAGCUUUAAUCAUAUUUUAGUUCGCAGAGCAAUGAAUUAAAAAUAAAUAAAUUAAGUAACUCUAAAUGAAGGUUGCAAUAAUUAAAUUAAGAUUGCAAUAAAAUUGAUCGUGUGUUUGGCACCAAUAAAUGUCAGCAAGUAUGAAUUUUCUUAGCAAAAUGUUUAUGAAUUUACUGUUGCUAUUAUUAUUGUCACGAUGAUUGUUUUGAGAAUAAUCAAAAUUUUGGUCUGAUAACGGUUUGAUAUGACACGUUUUUUGUGAUGAAAAAAAUCAGUCAACCAGUGAAUAAUCCAGUUGUUAAAUAAAUGAUUGCCAUUCUAUGUUUCAGUCUUAACUCUUUUAAUACGGUGAUGAGUAUUUAAUAUUCAAAUAUAAUACUUGCAAAUCUACUAUUGAAAAGAAACAUUCAAUUUUGUUAAAACCACCUUAUAAUAAUACAGACAGUACAACCAUUCCUGAGGAUUGCAGAAUAAAAAAACACAAAAAAAUGUAUUUUUUUUUAUCAUGCUAAAAUAAAAUGAGACUUGUUCUGAGAAAUCUGGGCUAAAUUCAUGUGCGUUAAGUGUUGUCCCAUAUACGUCAGUCUGCACAGGCUAAUAAGGGACGUCACUUUCAGCUUUGAUUGCAUUUUUCCUUAAAGGAAGUCUUUUUGAGCAAAAAUUCUGUUGAGGCGUAAUGUGUUUAUCUGAUUAGCAUGUGCAGACUGCAAGUGAAGCUAAUGCCUAAAUCAGGGCUCUAAGUUAUUGUGUGUUGGCGGAAAAACCAUGACAAAUUGUAACUUAUGUCAUUACUAUAAUGUUUUAAGGAAAUGAAAGCACUUUCCAGAAAAUCAGAGACCGAAAUUAUUUGCUGUACAAAAAUAAUCUAUGAGAAUAUAUAAUUGUUGUCAUGUUUAUUUACUGUUUUGAAAAGCCAAACCCUGCAAUCAUAAUAAUAAACAGUUUAAUAUCCAGUAGGGAUAAAGAUACACAUUUUCAUUGUAAAAAACAAUUGAAAAACAUUUACUUUAUUGAUGUAAAAAAGAUGUAGUAAAUUCAUAUUUGUAAACCUUGAUAAAGCCCAUUUGGGCGAAAUAUUGGAAUAAAAUGAGUGUUUUUUACCAUAAUAAUAAACUUAGUGCAGCCAUACAGAGUUUGCCAAUACCAAAUUAAAUGCUUUACAACAAAUUUUCUAGCUAAGUUGGCUCAAUGCAGAGCCAGUUCUUUCAUAUAAGCAAUACUUUUUUUAUUCCAUUGUUUUGCCUAUCAGCUUAUCAGGACUACAUUGUUUUAUGCCUCACUGUAAUAAAAUUAAUUUAUCUAAAAUGUGUGGAGGCGAUUCACUGGAUUAUGCAUUAAUAUUUCUAGGAAUCCAAAAGCCUGUGGUGAAUGAGUUUAGGUUUUUGAUUGUUGAUCAAUUCUGGCAUGUUACAACCUCCAGUAUCAUGGCAUACAUCUUAUUUGUGUUCAGACAUAUUAGAAUAACACAUUAUUACUCCAACAUGCCAUGUCUCGGUUCACCAAUUUCAUUUGUUGCCAUGUUUGGAUUUUCCUUCUGGUAAAUCAAGUGCCUGUAAAUGACUAAAAAUUGCAUUGUUCCCAUGAUAACUGAAAUUUCUGGUCUGUAUGAAUUAAACUGAUGGUUGGAAGCGCAUGAUGCCACAUUAAACAGUCUAUUUGUAUGGGAAUCCAAAUUAUUUAUAAUCUUUAGAAUCUGGUGAAAUAAUUGAAAAAUGACUUAUGUGGAACACAAACAUUCAAUAAUGAGUUUGAAGAUAAAUUUAGGUUUUCCAUUUCUUUAUCAAAAAAGGAAAACACAUUUGGGUUUAUGUUGCAAUCUCUACCAACAACUUUUAUGUUACCUGAGCAGUUUUAUUUGACAAGGUUGAAAUUUAAAGUUUACAGGAAGUGAUAUCAUGAUUGUGUAAUUUCAUCUUCAUUUAAUUGUGUUACCUGAACAAAAAGUGCCCAUCAUUCAUGAAGUACUCAGAAUUCAAAUAAAUUCGCCAGUAAAUUGGUCUUGUGUGGACGAACAAUGACCAGGGACCUCAUAGAUAUUGUAUUACAAUUUUUGCCACUAUUUUUAUUUUUUAUUUCCAGUUUUCGUACAAUUUACCUCCUGAGCGUCUGUAGUGGGGUUAUUUAUAAUCUGACCUGAGUUCACAUUUUUCAAACCCUAUGUUCUCAUGAAAUACUUCUUUACAAAUGUGGAAGUUUUAAACUGUUUAAUCAGCUUAGAAGAUUGCUCCUUUUAGUCAGGCUCGCUUUCAUAUUUUGUGCUGUAAUUUGCUACUUAAAUUAUGUUUAAUAUUCAGAAAAAAAUACUUCAGUAAUUUCUACAGAAUAUAUUUUUGGUGUAUAUAGCCUUCAAAUGAAAUCUUCCAGUGAACUGUAAAAUUUUGAAUGUUUAACUUUGAAAUUCUUACUCAUUUCACUGUCACUUCCAAAUCCAUGUAAGCUCAGUUGGUUUGGGUAGAAUUAAAGGUUGUCAGAUAUAACUGCAUGGCAUACAAACUUUAAUGCUUUGAUUUUAAUUGUACGUGGUUCAUUAAUACAAUUUUUUUGUGAAAAAUUCUGGAUAUGUUAUUUGCUUUCCAGUAAUCAUUUAAAUAAAAAAAAGCAAUAUUUCACUGUUGCUUUUGUGUGAUACUGACUUUGUAUAUAAUGAUGAAUAGAAUGAGGCGUUGUGAGCGCACACAAAAUGUUAUGUAAGUCAUAAAAAUUGAAAAUACUGGUCCUACCUAGGAAGCACACAUUGACUUAGUAUGGACUCGUUAAUCUUAGCCCCCCCCCCCCCCCCCCCCCCCCCUCCCUAACAACAAUAGUGUUCCUGGCAAUAUAGUCCAAAAUGUUAGGAAUCUAGUCUUUUAAAUCCAGAUUUCAAGGAAACCAGUGCAAGCAAUUUGUUUGGUAUGGUUGAUAAGCCCCUAACUGUACAUGCUUGUAUUAACUAUUUCAGUGCUGGAACCAAAUUUUGAAGGCCUUUGCAAACAGUUUGGAUCCAGAGAAGACGCCACAGAAUGUGGCAUUUCAUCAGGAUCCAAACUGUUUGCUAUUCUGAUAGUAUUCUUUGCAAAAAAUCGAAGAAAAUGCUAAUUUUAGAAAUUCAGCAGACAACAUUUUAGCAGACGACAAAUUUCCCAGCAUGCAAAGGAUUAAUCGCACUGUUCAUGGCAACAAUGGAAGGUGGUGGACUCGAGAUAUCCCAAAAACUUGUGAAAGGCAGCUAUGAAUGAAUGAUAAUGAAUAAGAAUUGAUAAUAGUAACGAGCCAAUAGCCUCUGUGUUUGUUAAGCAACUUGUGUAUGAUUCAAAUUAAAAUCAAAUGCUUGAAUUUUCACAGGUGUUCAAAACAUAGACAGUUAGCAUUUAAACAUACCUGUAUCAAUACAUUUCUUGUUUGUGUGCUCAUAAUUAUGUUAACCUAUAUUUUUAUGAUUUUUCUACGAGUGUUAUAUUCGGAAUAAAAUCCUAAUAUAAUAUUUCAAGCUUCUCCAUUUUUGUAUGUUACAAAGUUAAAAUGAGUUGCUUAUGAUGUGGAACAUCUUGUGUAUCCAUUUGAAAAUUAUGUGAGUCAAAAUAAAGUUUGCAUUAAACUUUUUGGUAUGGCGUUACAAUUAGUUGUAUUACAUAAAUUUUGUUUUCACUUUAUAUAUUGGAAGUUGAGUUUACAUGAUUUAUUUUCCUAUUAAUAAAUCAAAUGUAUGGACAUGAUAAAGUGUUCUUGUUAGUGAAUGAUUUUAUGGAUAAUGUUCAAUGUUAAUUAAAUGUUUCUGUAGAGGGAUACAAUAACCAUGGUUCCUAAUGACCAUUUUGUUAAUUAGUUAAUUGUAUGCCCAAUAUAUGCAAACUUAUGUCUUUGAUAAGCCAGAAAUAAAAUAAACAUGUUUAAGGUA